UGUGUGCGUGAUUUGGCCCAUGUGCGUGUGGAAUCGCGUGAGGCAGUGUGUGUAGGUAAUACUAGCAGCGAGGCGAAGAAGAAACACUGAAAAUUAAGGUUAGAGAGCAGCAGCCACCAAACAGCCAGCAGAAAAAAAACAGGCAAUUAAAGCGGCAGCCAGCUAGCAACGAAAAGCACACCCACCCACAAAAUCAUGGACAGCGCCGGUAAAAAUCGUUAUGAACUUUUGUUCAUGGACGACGAUGUCAGCGAUCCAUUAGAUAAUCUUGUGGCGCCGACGGCCGCCGCUGCUGCAGCAGCAGCAGCUGGCAAGAAGAAGCAGACGUCAGCUGCUGCAGCGGCCACCAAAACGACCGCCAAGGUGGCCAACAGCAACAAUAAUAAGGCGACCGCAGGAUCCAAUAUCGGUGGACCCAAUGCCAAGAAACCAAAUCAGGCCGAAAAGGAGAACAAGCCCAACAAUGCUUUAAACAAGACCGAUGGCAAGAAGUUCAACCCAUCAUCAGCCGACAAACAGUUCAACAAUAAUGCCAGCAACAACAGACAACCGGGUGCUCCACGGCAAGGAGGUGGCGCCAACCGUACACGUGAAUUUGGCAGCGGUCAAGGACAGGGUCAAGGACAGGGUCAAGGACAAGGACAAGGUGGUGGCCAGCAGCAGCGCAGCGUUAACUUCCGUCAACAGAAUGGCAAUGCCGAGACUCGUGAGCAGCGCAACAAUCGCCGCAAUGUUCGCGAAAACGGUGGAGCACCCGAUGGCGGCCAGCAGUCGCGACCUUACCGCGGCCCAGGCGGCGGUCAAGGUGCUGGCGGAGAUCGUCCCCAGCGCCAGAACCGCAACUACGAUGGCCAGAACAGGAAGCGCGAAUUCGAUCGCCAGUCGGGUUCCGAUAGAACUGGUGUGAAGUCAAUUGACAAACGCGAAGGAGCUGGUUCCCACAACUGGGGAUCGGUCAAAGAGGCUAUUGAUGAUGUGAACAAGAACGAAAGCGAGACCAAUGUGACCAAUGCUGAGGCUGGCGCCAAGGCCGAGGAAUCGGGCACUGAACCACAGAGCGAGCAGGCUGUUGCCGAGGAGGAGGCCAAAGAGCUGACCUUGGACGAGUGGAAGGCACAGCAAGGACAGCGCAUUAAGCCGACCUUUAACAUCCGCAAGGCUGGAGAAGGUGAGGACACCACACAAUGGAAGAAAAUGGUCGUCUUAACCAGCAACAAGAAGAAGGAGAACGACAGCGAAGAGGAGCUCGAGUACGAUCCUGCCCUUUAUCCACAGCGUGUGGGCAGGCAGCAGCGCGUCCUGGACAUUCAGUUUAACUUCAAUGAUGGUCGCCGUGGCGGACCAGGCGGUUUCGGAGGUCGCGGUGGCCGUGGAGGUCCAAGACCCGGCGGAUUUGAUCGCGGACCACGCAGCGAGGGCGGCAAUCGCGAUGGCGGCAACCGUGAGGGUGGCCGAGACAACCGUGAGGGUGGUGGAAACCGUGGCCCACGGGAUGGCCAGCAGCAUAAUAACGAGGGUGGUGCUUCAACCGCUCAAAAUCAGAGGCCACCCAUCGAUCGUCGCGGGCCGGGAAACAACCAAAACAACAAUCAGAACAGCGGUCCAGGGCAGAAUAAGCGUUUUGAGCGACAACAGAAUACCGCUCCCAAGGUCAACGAUGAGCUUCAGUUCCCCACUCUGGCUUAAAUCGAUUGUUUGAGCAGGAGUAGUUCCUCAAAUUGCAGUUUUGGUGACUGACGAUGGAGAAUGAAUGCAGCAGCAAGUUACCAAAAUGAAAUCUUAUAAAUUACGUAUAUCACAGACAAGAAACUUUUUAAAAAACCUAAAACAAAAAAAAGGGGGAAAUUACGAAACAAUUGUAGCCGCCAUAUAAGCCAAAAGCAACAAAAAAUACCAACCAACAAGCUAAGCAAAAAAUGGAUAAUAAAUUAUACAUAUGUUUAAAAAUAUAUGAAAAGAGAACACACGAAAGAAAAGCAAUUUUAGUUUAUACGCGGCCAACUAAUCAGAUUUUACCCGAUAAAAUCGCGAUCAAGCAAGUGACCUCGUGUAAACUAGUCAGUGUCAGGCUAAGUCAUCCUCAUUAUGGAUUUUAUAUCUAGUAACUGCUGUUCACGAUACGAGAUUUAUUUCGAGAUUUUUUCUAAAACGGCAGGGGCGGUCAUAGAAGUUGUUUUUUUUGCAUCAACCAGAACCUGAUGUAGUUGUUUUUUUUUUUUGUUAUUACCACUCAUUUAAU